ACGGACGAAAUUCGGGCGCCGCGGCACGCGACGCUGAUGGAUGAGAGAAGGAGGAUGUGCCACCUCCGUAGCGCACGGGUCGCGACGCGCCGCGCCGUGUGUCGCGUGCGCCAUGGGUUAUUCCGAGAUCAACAAUAACCCAUCGCACUCUCUAACGGGAAUCCGGUUCCUUGGCAUUAUUCCGUCGUCGCCGCUGUAACUCCAUAAGCUCGUACUCGCCUCAUUUAAUUGUCACUCAGGUCCCUUAUCAUCGUCGCUACAGCCGCCACAACUUUGAAUUUUGUCACAAUUUUCGGUUUCAGGAUUUAGUUUUAUAGUGAUAUUUGAAAGUGAAAGUGGCUUCAUAUUGGAUUCGUGUUGCGAGGAUUACAAUUCUGAGAAUGUUGGCAUACUGAACGAAAGAGGAGUAGAGAAAGAAUAUAUGAAUAAAAGUGCACCAUAACUUUGAAAUGAGCUCUUGACCGAAUCUGUGUGAAGUGCCAUAAAUAUGGACGAAACAAUUUCGGUGGGCCGAGACAUGAGGUGGAUUUUCAUAUCACUUCACGCAACUGUGGUGUCCCUUCUCCUUUCAACUGUGGUGGCUGAACAUGGCAGUAAAAAGGUGGAAAUCAUUCACUUGAACCCGAAUUCGGACCCGAGUAUGCUACCAGUAUGGCACCACUUUCUAUCGCUCGAGGACCUGGCACUUCGGGAAGAUAAACCGAAAAUACUGGGCCCGACCAUUCCAACCGGAUACGUAGUCAACAAGCCAGGCAGCGGUGGCGCCAACGAUAGAGUAGACCCUCCAAAACCGCCGCAACCAAUCGAUAAACAAUCACAGCAAGUCACAGAGACUGACCUGUACUUACUGGGCGCAAUUGAAAAACUUGUCUAUCGAGUCGACCUAAUGGAUAAAAGACUGAGACGAACAGAAGAGCUUUUGCAGCAUGUCAUCGAAGGGGGCAGUAAUCAAAGAGAAGAUCCUUGUCCCGGUAAUUUUACCCGAGUUGCCCGGAAUUGCUACCACUUCAGCGAGCGCCAAUUCAACUGGAAGUCGGCCAUGAGUAUGUGCAAAAGCCUUGGUGGUAACUUGUUGGAGCUUGAAUCCAAGGAAGAGUACACGGAAUUCAUUACUUUUCUCCUUGCGGAUAAACAAACCAGAGGUCAUGAUUUUUGGACGGGAGGACUAAACCCAGGACUUUUGUGGAUUUGGGCGAAUAGUGCACAACCAGUCGUAAAGAAGAAUUCGAAUCGACCGGAGGAUGAGAUCGCCGGAAAUGGAAGAUGCCUGAAAAUAGCUUACAAUACCAAUAGCAGGAUUUAUCAUUACUAUGGCGCAGAUUGUGGAGCUAGACAGAGAUAUGUUUGCGAACAUGAAGAAAAUACAACGCUAAGAGCAUUGCGUAGAAUUCACAAAGCUCUCAAGGAUAAAUCAGAAUUGUAAAUUAAUGUAUAGUCAUAAGAACAAGUGCCCGAAAUAAAACGAACAAAACUUCAUUUAUAAGUAAAA